AUGGAUGGUGUCAUUGAAGAUGCAUCACGGUUUACGCUACCUUCCCUGCCUCCAGCCUGGUCUCCACCCUCGGAGCCAGCCUCCUCCAUCUCUCCCCUUGUCCAGCGUAGGCUCAUUCCUGCGGGCGCAGCCUACCUGGCUCACAUAAAACGCACACUCAACAACCAUACCUUUGAUGAGUAUGACCAACAGCUUGAAGAGGAGCGGAAGCGCCUCGAGUUGCUUAACGCUGAUGGCCUGAACGGGGAGGAUGACCUUGGCGUCGGAGAUGAGGAAGAAUCUCCUGAACUCCUUCUGCUUGAUGCAAAGGAGUGGAAGAAACAAGACCAUUAUCAGGUCCUCGGAUUGUCACACCUGCGAUACAAGGCGACGCCCGAGCAAAUAAAGAUUGCCCAUCGCAAGAAAGUUCUUAAACACCAUCCAGACAAGAAAGCCGGUGCAUCGCACACCACGAACGAUGAUGCGUUCUUCAAGUGCAUACAAAAAGCAAAUGAAGUUCUCACGAAUUCCGAGCGGCGGCGCCAAUUCGACUCUGUCGACCCCAUCUGCCUAUCCCUAGAAGAGGAUGAUCCUUCUGCCUCUGACUUCAAAGGCCGAGAAAAAGACACUGCGUUCUUUUUCAAAACAUUCGCACCUAUCUUCGAGAGGGAGGCACGAUUCAGCAAGAAAAUACCCGUUCCAAUGUUAGGCGAGAACGACGACUCAAAAGAGAACGUGCAUGCCUUCUAUGAUUUCUGGUACAACUUUGACAGCUGGCGAUCAUUUGAAUAUCUGGACAAGGAGGUGAAUGAAGGUAGCGAUAACCGUGAUGAUAAAAGGUACACCGAGAAAAAGAACAAGUCUGAGCGCGCUCGUCGAAAGAAAGAUGAUAUUACUCGUCUGCGUAAUCUCGUGGACCUUACUCUUGGUCUUGACCCUCGAAUCAAGCGGAUCAAACAGGAAGAAAAGGAGGCUCGGGAGGCGAAGAAGAAAACCAAGGGCGGAAUGAGCGCUGCUGAACAGAAGGCUAAAGCAGAAGAAGAUAAGCGUAAAGCUGAGGAAGAAGCUCAGAGGAAGGAGGAGGAAGACAAGGUAGCGCGGGCAGAGGCCAAAAAAGCAAAAACUGCGGCAGCUAAUGCAGCUAAAAAGGCAAGAAGACAGCAGCGCGCCGCGGACACCGAUGAGGCUGCGCCAUCAUAA